AUGGAUAUAUCAGAAAAACUUCAACAAUAUAGAUAUCACAUAACCAGAGCAAUAGUAGUUUUACUAUCAUUCUCUUUGGUGUUAUAUGUUGCUCCACGCUUUUUGACCAUUCUGGCCUAUUUUUGGCCUUUGUUUGUUUCCACUACCGUCUUCUUGGUAGCAAUACUAGCCUUUGGAGGCAUUUCAAAACUCUCAACUGAAGAUCAUGGUGAAAAGGCUGGUGAAGGACUCUUGGAUUAUGUAGCAGGAAGGGCAGAACAUAUUCAGGAGGCUCAAACACUAUUAAGAGAAUGA